AUGGAUCCAAUGAUUCAGUCCGCCACAGCUGAUCUCUCUCAGAGUCAGCGUGAUGAUCUUAGAACAUAUGUUCGCGAACAUCCAGAAAUCAGAACAAUUCUCAAAGAUUUCAUGGCAAAUCUUCUUAUGGACAAACCAGAAAAUCCAAAAGAAUUUGCCGCAGAGUAUUUCGGUAAUCUUCAAAAAGUAGCAGUUCCUCCACCUAAUCCUGAAUGA